AUGUUGAGCGAUUAUGAAAAGAAACGUUUAGAAAAUAUAGAGGCAAAUAAACGAAUUUUACGUGAAUUAGGUCUAGAAAGGCCACCACCUAUUUUGCCAGCUGCAGCAACUAACAAGAAAAAGGCUGGUAAAACUAGUAAAAAUAAACGUAAAAAUAAAAAUGUUAUUGAGAACGAAGAUGCUAAUAAACCUAAUAAGCGUAUUAAAGAGAGAUUAAGACACAAAAACGAUGAUGUGCUUUCACGUGAUGAUGGCAUAAGAAGAUCAUCCCGUUUAGCUAAAUUGCCUGUUAAGGUUUUUAAGGAAGUAACAUUUGACGAAACUGAUAGAUACAAAAAGGCAUCUGAAUGGAGAAAAAAUCGUCCUGAUCCAAAGCAGUUUGGUGAAAUUCCUGAUGUAAAAGUAGGAGCUUGGUGGCAAACUCGCAUGGAAUGUAGUCAUCACGGUGUUCAUGCACCAACUGUUGCAGGAAUCGCGUUCGUUGAAGAUGAAGGAGCGUAUAGCGUUGCUUUGUCAGGAGGAUAUGAAGAUGAUGUCGAUUGGGGAGAAGCAUUCACAUAUACUGGUUCUGGGGGACGAGAUUUGAAAGGAACGAAACAGAAACCAAAAAAUUUGAGGACCGCGCCCCAGACUAGGGAUCAAGUUUUGGCUGCUGGUAAUAAGGCCUUAAAGAUUUCAUGUGAAACUAGUAAACCCGUACGAGUAAUUAGAGGAUAUAAUUUGAAUAACGAAUAUUCUCCCGUAGAGGGAUAUCGAUAUGAUGGAUUAUAUACCGUUGAGAAAUGGUGGGAAGAAAUUGGUUUGGCAGGUUUUAGAGUUUUCAAGUAUGCUUUUAAAAGAAUGCCAGAUCAACUUCCAUUAGGAACUUGUGAAAAAAGUUGGUCUGAUAGUGAAGUCGAAGAAGAUGAUGAUUGA